AUGGUCGUGCUCGCUGCCGCUGUGUGCACCAAAUCGGGCAAAGCGCUGGUCUCGCGCCAGUUCGUGGACAUCAGCCGCGUUCGCAUUGAAGGCUUGCUUGCCGCCUUCCCCAAGCUGAUGGGCUCUGGCAGGCAGGGCCACGCCAGUGCCAUCCAGCACACCUUCAUCGAGACUGAGACGGUUCGUUACGUGUACCAACCGCUCGAGGGCCUCUACAUGUUGCUCCUCACCAACAAAUCGAGCAACAUUCUUGAAGAUCUCGAUACUCUCCAUCUGUUGGCCAAGCUGGUGCCUGAGUACUGCGGCAGACUCGAGGAGGAGCAGGUCGCCGACAGGGCCUUUGAGCUCAUCUUCGCCUUUGAUGAAGUGAUUGCGGUGGGCUACAAGGAAAAGGUCACUCUCCAGCAGAUCAAAACCUUCUUGGAGAUGGACAGCCAGGAGGAAAAGAUCCACGAGAUGCUCGAGAAGAAUAAAGAGCGCGAGGCCAAGGAGGAGGCGGCUCGCAGGCGACAGCAGAUCGAGAAGAUGCGCCAGGAGAACAUGAAGAGCGGAAUGGGCGGUGGCAUGGGCAUGGGUGGCGGUAUGGGCAGCGGAGGCAGGUGGCAGGGCGGCGGCGGCAGUUCGAGCUUCGAGUCCCCGCAGAUUCCCGCCGACCCCUUCGUGGUGAAGGAGACCCGCGCGCCGCCCAAGCCUACGUCCUCGAGGGGCGGCAUGGUGCUCGGCCAGAAGGAGCCCACCUCCAAAUUCCUGCAGGCAAUGAAGAAGGAAGAGGGCGCCGACCUCAUCCGCGAAGAGACCUCCGUCUCCGCCAACACCCCAGGAGCUCCCCCCGUCGCUCGCGAGAAAGUCAACACAGUCCAGUGGCUGACCCACACUGUGUUGCAACGCAGCAUCGAGGUGGUCGAGGUUGUGAGCGCCACCGUGGAGAACGACGGUGGUCUGCAGUCGCCCCUCGAUGUGCGAGGCGACCUUACCCUCACUAUCGAUGAUCCCGCCGCCGCGCGCGUGCUCAUCCACGUCGCCCCCGCCGCCGAACACAAGUCUUUCACCUUCAAGGCGCACCCCAACAUCAACAGGGACAGGUGGACGAAGGAGCGCGUUGUCGCGCCCAAGGGCGACAAGGCCUUCCCCGCGGGUACCGCUCUCAACGUGCUCAAGUGGCGCUGGCAGACGUCGGACGAGGGCUCGCUCCCACUCACCGUCUCGUGCUGGCCCACGCCCGGCGGCGACGGCACCACCGCCGUCACUUUGGAGUAUGAGCUCCAGCGCCAGGACUUUGUGCUGUCGAACGUGCGCAUCUCCAUUCCCAUCAUCGGAUCGACGCCCAACCUGGGCGAGAUCGCCGGCGACUACGACUUCGACGUGAAGAACCACAUCCUGCACUGGAAGCUCGACUUCAUCGACGAGUCCAAUCCCACCGGCUCGGCCGAGUUCAGCAUGGGCGCCGUUGACGCCUCCUCCCUCUUCCCGAUCACCAUCUCCUACACCUCCAACAACACAUUCUGCCCCAUCGAGAUUGAGCAGGUGGUGUCGCCCGACGAGGAGCCGAUCCGCUAUGCGCUCUCCAAGUCGCUCCAGACCGACCAGUACCAGCUUGUCCAGUAA